UGCUCAUCGCUCCUGUCAUCGGGGCCCCUGGCCCAAUAGCAGGCUGAGUCCCCCUCCUCUAGCCUGGUCCCGCCUCUGCUGCCCCUUGUGCUCCGCACUACCUGCCGCCUGGCCACAACCCGAGCUGGAAGGCGGGUGCGCGAGCAGGCGACGGGCACCAUGCAGAGAGGCUGCCAAAGGCCGUGGGCAGCGCUGCUCUCUGCCGCCCACCUGGCGCUGUGAGACGCGCGCUGCCACCAUGUUCCCCAGCCCCGCGCUCACGCCCACGCCGUUCUCGGUCAAAGACAUCCUGAACCUGGAGCAGCAGCAGCGCAGCCUGGCUGCUGGGGAGCUCUCCGCGCGCCUGGAGGCCACGCUGGCGCCCGCCUCCUGCAUGCUGGCCGCCUUCAAGCCCGAGGCCUACGCGGGGCCGGAGGCCGCAGCGCCCGCCCUCCCAGAGCUGCGCGGCGAGCUGGGCCCCGCGCCCUCGCCCGCCAAGUGUGCUCCUGCCUUUCCAGGAGCCCCCGCUUUCUAUCCGCGUGCCUAUGGCGACCCUGACCCCACCAAGGACCCUCGAGCUGAUAAGAAAGAGCUGUGCUCACUGCAGAAGGCGGUGGAGCUGGAGAAGCCGGAGGCCGACGGCGCAGAGCGACCCCGGGCGCGACGGCGGAGGAAGCCGCGCGUGCUCUUCUCGCAGGCUCAGGUCUACGAGCUGGAGCGGCGCUUCAAGCAGCAGCGGUACCUGUCGGCGCCCGAGCGCGACCAGCUGGCCAGCGUGCUGAAGCUCACGUCCACGCAGGUCAAGAUUUGGUUCCAGAACCGGCGCUACAAGUGCAAGCGGCAGCGGCAGGACCAGACUCUGGAGUUGGUGGGGCUGCCCCCGCCGCCGCCGCCGCCGGCCCGCAGGAUUGCCGUGCCAGUGCUUGUGCGCGACGGCAAGCCCUGCCUCGGGGACUCGGCGUCCUAUGCGCCCGCGUACGGUGUAGGCCUCAACGCCUACGGCUAUAACGCCUACCCCGCCUAUCCGGGCUACGGGAGCGCCGCCUGCAACCCCGGCUACAGCUGCGCCGCUGCUUACCCAGCCGCUCCGCCCCCGGCGCAGUCGGCUACCGCCGCCACCAACAACAACUUCGUGAACUUUGGCGUCGGGGACUUGAACGCGGUGCAGAGCCCCGGGAUUCCACAGGGCAACUCGGGAGUGUCCACGUUGCACGGUAUCCGAGCCUGGUAGGGAAGGGCCCAAUCUGGGGCGCCCCGAUCCAUCCCAGCUCUAGAGAGGGACACUGAGUCUCUGGGGAGGGAGGACCCCUGACUUGUCUCUACGUCCCUUGGAUUUCACAUUCACUCCCGCAGGGGCCUCGGAGCUUUCUUGGUUCCAGGCGCCUUUGUCCCCAAGCGCGGGAGAGUUUGUGGCCGCGUUUACAGAUCUUGCCGGCGAUUGAUCCCGCAGCCUGGUGCCUUAGCCGUGGCCCCCGAGUUCCCUCCAAACGCCCACGGGCACCCCCAACCGGCUGAACAUGGGCCAGUUGGGACUGGGAGCCCGGGUGCACCCUUCUUCGAGCCUGGGCCCGGCGCCCGGGCCCUUGCUGCCUUGCCGCCGCCCACCCACCCGUAUUUAUGUUUUUACCUGUUGCUGUAAGAAAUGGGAAUCCCCUUCUCAUUAAAGAGAGUGCACUGAUCCCACAUGUGUCCUCUUUCAGCUUGCGGCGCUUCAGAAACUGCAUUUUAGAAAGCAGAGCCCGACUGCCUGGCUGGUCUUGCGUCGCAGGUACAGGCAUUCACUGAACAAAUUCGAUGAUAAUAAACUCGU